CUCCAAUGCACAAGGUGUCUCAUCUGAAAAGAAACCUGAGCCCCAGGGAGGAGGCGCUGAGCGACCCUGGCGCGAACGGGGCGAGAGGUCGCUGGGCAGCGCUCGAGGACAAGAGGGAGCUCGGCCACAGAAGACCCCAGCGAUCUGAUCCUGGGAUCCCGGCUCCAAGCUCUCCUCGCAUUUUACAGAUUUCAACCCCGCGACUAUCUCCCCAAAACGGAGUCUUUAUAUCAAGAGAAGGUGCCGGAGCUGGGGCAACCAGGACUUUCCCGGGCACCCAAGAUGCGCUCCAUUAGGAAGAGGUGGACGAUCUGCACAAUAAGUCUGCUCCUGAUCUUUUAUAAGACAAAAGAAAUAGCAAGAACUGAGGAGCACCAGGAGACGCAACUCAUCGGAGAUGGUGAAUUGUCUUUGAGUCGGUCACUUGUCAAUAGCUCUGAUAAAAUCAUUCGAAAGGCUGGCUCUUCAAUCUUCCAGCACAAUGUAGAAGGUUGGAAAAUCAAUUUCUCUUUGGUCCUAGAGAUAAGGAAGAACAUACUUCGUUUCUUAGAUGCAGAACGAGAUGUCUCAGUGGUCAAGAGCAGUUUUAAGCCUGGUGAUGUCAUACACUAUGUGCUUGAUAGGCGCCGGACACUAAAUAUUUCUCAUGAUCUACAUAGCCUCCUACCUGAAGUUUCACCAAUGAAGAAUCGCAGGUUUAAGACCUGUGCUGUUGUUGGAAAUUCUGGCAUUCUGCUAGACAGUGAAUGUGGAAAGGAGAUUGACAGUCACAAUUUUGUAAUAAGGUGUAAUCUAGCUCCUGUGGUGGAGUUUGCUGCAGAUGUGGGAACUAAAUCAGAUUUUAUUACCAUGAAUCCAUCAGUUGUACAAAGAGCAUUUGGAGGCUUUCGGAAUGAGAGUGACAGAGAAAAAUUUGUGCAUAGACUUUCCAUGCUGAAUGACAGUGUCCUUUGGAUUCCUGCUUUCAUGGUCAAAGGAGGAGAGAAGCACGUGGAGUGGGUUAAUGCAUUAAUCCUUAAGAAUAAACUGAAAGUGCGAACUGCCUAUCCAUCAUUGAGACUUAUUCAUGCUGUCAGAGGUUACUGGCUGACUAACAAAGUUCCUAUCAAAAGACCCAGCACAGGUCUCCUCAUGUAUACACUUGCCACAAGAUUCUGUGAUGAAAUUCACCUGUAUGGAUUCUGGCCAUUCCCUAAGGAUUUAAAUGGAAAAGCGGUCAAAUAUCAUUAUUAUGAUGACUUAAAAUAUAGGUACUUUUCCAAUGCAAGCCCUCACAGAAUGCCAUUGGAAUUCAAAACAUUAAAUGUGCUACAUAAUAGAGGAGCUCUAAAACUGACAACAGGAAAGUGUGUAAAGCAAUAAAGCACAUUUUGAAACAAACAAUAUGCACUUCUUUUCUGAAGAUGCUUCCGGAGAUUUGAAAAUAGGAUCCAAAACACGGCUGGGUUUCAGCAUCCACCAAUUAACUGAAAGGUGAAUAAAGGACGUUCAUGAGAAAUCAACUACCAGCUGACGAAAUACCUGCAAAGUGCUCUAAAAAUUAAAUAUUUUGACUUCAAGGGUCCUAGUAAGUGCCACUUCCACUAAGAAUACAGUUUGAAUGUAUAAUCAGUAGUGUUUACAAGAUCCAACAGUGCACUCAUCAUUAGUUAACAAAGCAAAUAUGUUUAUCACUGUCAGGCUGCCCACAGCAACGCCAAGCACAUCAGAAGAGGAACCCCAGGAACUUAACUCUGACCUUGGGAAAUUAAACCAUCCUUGUCAGCAGAAACCAAGAUGGAAGCAGUUUGAGCAAUGAAAUCCAUAAGAUUAAACAACUCAAGUAAAUGCCUUCAGUCAGGACUCUGAGUCUGAUCAUGAAUUUUAUGUUUUAAUUUAUGUUUUUGUUUGUCUUCUGGGAUCUCUUUUGUUUUGGGUAUUAGGGUGCUUAGAAAUCCUUUCUGAGAUACAUAUGAAUGAGGAAAGAAACUUUAAUUAUUUUUAAAGUUCUUAUACUUUUUAAAAGCU